AUGUCACGAGUACUGACAUUUAAAGAUUAUCAUUCAUUAAUCAAUCUUCAACCAACGCCAUUUAAAUAUACAGAUAAAAAUUUGAAUUAUGCCGCUCUUGUCCGUCAUCUUGCUGAAUAUUUUAGUGGACCUAGCAACUCUCUUUCUCGUCAGUCCGUCGAAGAUCAAAGAGCUUUUAUCCGUCAUGUACUUACUAUUCGCGAUCCCACACCAAAUCAUCGUUAUUCGUCUCAAAUUUACGAUUUAAUCGAUCGAAUGCUUACCUAUGAAAGAGAUUGUAUGAAAACUCUUACGCAAGCUACUACAUUAUCUAUGCAAUUUACAUCAUUUCCUUAUAUUCGAGUUUGGCGAGGUGACAUAACUACUCUUAUUAUUGAUGCCAUUGUCAAUGCAGGAAAUAGUAAUCUCCUUGGUUGUUUUCAACCAACACAUAUAUGCAUUGAUAAUGUUAUUCAUGCAGCUGCUGGUCCACGUUUAAGAGAUGAUUGUUAUACAAUUAUGGAAAAACAACAACGACCAGAACCAGUUGGUCAUGCAAAAAUUACUAUCGGUUAUAAUCUUCCUUCGAAAUACGUUUUGCAUACUGUUGGUCCUCAAUUACAUCAUGAUACUCGUAUAGCACAAGACGAUGUUCGAGAAUUAGCUUCUUGUUAUGAAGCAUGUUUAAAUUUAGCAGCAGAAAUAGAUACAAUAACGUCUAUAGCAUUUUGUUGUAUUUCAACGGGAUUGUUUGCUUUUCCUGCUGAUCAUGCAUGUCGUAUUGCAAUUCAAACAGUAAUAAAUUGGUUUCGAAAACAAAAAUCAAAUACAAAAUUGUCUCUAAUUGUAUUUGAUGUGUUUACUCUAGAAGAUGAACAACGAUAUGUCAAUGAACUGAAAAAUUUUUUGUAA